AUGACAUUUAUUUGUAAAAGAAAAUGUACAAAGACUGUUGAUGGAGGAAUAAGAAACAGAAUGAGUAGUAUUGUUUUUGGAAAAUCUUUGACUUAUGAUAAGAAAAAACUGAUAAAACGGUCUCUGAGUAGUUUACCUACUGUUUAUAAAUUGGAUAAGUUUUAUUGUGGGACUGAUGGAUUGGUUUCUUAUCUUGCUGAAAGUAAAGUUAAAUAUUCUUGUCCCUCAAAAUAUGAUGAGGCAAAUAUGUGUUGUUAUGAACAUGAUUAUUGUUAUUCUCAACAAAAGGGCCAAGAAAUAUGUGAUGAAAUAUUUUGUGAUUGUUUAGUUCAAAAUGUAGCUGGUAAUGGAACUGAUAAAGGUUGUGUUGGAACAUCAAAUUAUUUUUGUGAAACAGUUAAAGAUUUUGGAUCUGAUGCAUAUCUUGCUUCUGCAACAGUAGUUCCACCUAAAAUAGAUGACAAUGUAAAAAGCAGUAUUGAGAGUCAUACAAGUGGGUACAAAGAUAUCUCAUCAAAUAGUGAAUUGGUAACAUCUACUAUACCAACCGUCAUAUCUAAAUUUUUACUUCACUUUAAUGAGUGUA